UCUCCUCAAAUUUCAGAAAUCACAUAUUUCUCUCAUACAAAUCCUUCAAGAACAAUCUAUUUCUUUUUCUUUCAAUCAACAAGAAGAAACAAUGGCAUUCCGCAUUCCAGGUAUUAGAAAGGCAUCACUUUCUGCAUCAAAAGGGACUAAUGUUCCAAAAGGCUAUCUUGCAGUCUAUGUGGGAGAUAAGAUGAGGCGGUUUGUGAUUCCUGUAUGUUACUUGAACCAGCCUUCAUUUCUAGAAUUACUAAAUCAAGCAGAAGAAGAAUUCGGAUAUGAACAUCCAACCGGUGGUCUCACAAUUCCAUAUGAUGCCUUUCUAUUACAUACAUACAGAAAAAUGGGCUUCCGUUUACCUGUUAUUCGAAGGGCGUCAUCAUUCUCAGCUAGCCAAGCAGCUUCAAAAUCUGUGGAACUCCCAAAGGGGUAUCUUGCAGUGUAUGUUGGAGAGAAUCAAAAGCGUUUUGUGAUUCCCGUAUCAUACUUGAACCAACCUUCAUUCCAAGACUUGUUGAGUCAAGCUGAAGAAGAGUUUGGAUAUGAUCAUUCCAUGGGAGGUCUCACUAUUCCUUGCAGUGAACAUGUCUUCCAGCGAAUCACUUCUCGCUUGAAUGGGCUAUAA